AUGGAUGUUACCCAAGCCUACGCGAUCGGCGUGGGUGGCUUGUUGUUAUUCCUCAUUCUUAUGAACUUCCGCUGGUGGCUUUUGCUCGGUUGGAAGAAGGUCGCUCCUCUCUCACUCAAGUAUUUCGUGUAUCCACAACUUCGUCACCGGUUGACUGGUGCAUGGAACCCGGCCGGUGUCAUUGCGGGGCUUCUCUACAGCGGCGUCAACGUCUUCUGCAUCUGUUUCAAAGUGCACUCGGUCUGGAUGGCCGGUCUGCGAGCGGCGAAUCUCUCGCUCAUCAACCUGAUCCCUCUCAUGGCGGGCCCUCACCUUAGCUUCCCAGCGGAUCUCUUGGGCAUCACCUUACGUACGUACCGGCGAUUCCACCGCUCCUUCGGGCUGAUGUCGUCGAUCCUGUUGGGCUUCCACGUUCUCAUCGUGAUCGUGGAGAAGAAACCAUUUCCCUUGAGGAUCUCAGAAAACCUCUUUGGAUUGAUUGGGACUAUCUCGUGGGCCUUCCUGGUGUCGCUCUCACUCCCAUUACUUCGCCGUCCUUUCUACGAGUUCUUCCUGCGCUUGCAUCAGAUACUGGCUAUCACUGCGACAUACAGCAUAUGGAGCCACUUGAGGAAGGGUCCUUCUCUCUCGCAAAAGUAUAUUUACACCACGAUCGGUACGUUCUUGCUAACGGUUCUGGUCCAAUGCGGAGUCAUCAUGUACCAAACCGGAAUGGUCGGGAAUGGGUUCGCCAGGGUCAAGGUCACCAAUAUCAAAGAGAUGUUGAGCAGAGAGCAUGUUAUCAUCGGCUCAGAAGUGAUGAGGCUUCACGUAAGCUUCGUGUCACCACUCCAGGUGAAGCCCGGGCAAUACAUCUGCUUGUGGAUUCCCUGGUUUGGCUUCCUGCAGAGCCAUCCUUUCAUGAUAACCUCCUGGUCGGACGAAGGUUUGCGGUCUCUCGACAUUUUCAUCGAACCACGUGAGGGCCUGACCCGAGCGCUUUUGCGCUAUGCCGAGUCCAGCCGCGAGGGCGGCACAUCAUAUCGAGCUUCGUUCAGCGGACCCCAUGGCACCAGUGUCCCAGCCGGAACCUAUGAGACGGUGCUCAUGAUGGCGGAUGGCUUUGGUAUCGUCUCGCACCUUCCUUACCUAAAGCAGCUCAUUCAUGGGUAUAAUGCCUGCAAGAUUCGCACUCGUCGAAUCCAUUUAGUGUGGCAGUUGGAAACCAAAGUAGAUCUGGGGUAUGCCGCAGCAGACCUGUUGAAUGAUGCGCUCGUCGGCGACACGCUUAGUCUGGAUGACAGCCAGGGCGAGCCGAGCGACGAGAAGCCGGCCAAGGGGAAGAUUCUCAGCAUUUCGGUCUAUAUCCACUGGGCAAGCCAGGAUAGAGUGCCUUUUGGGAAACGCGCGAUCGCGUACAGUGGCCUGGCAGAUUUAGAAACGAUUGUCCAAGAAGAGGCGGCAGGAAAACAUAUCAAAAGGGUACAGGAAGAAUCAGGCGAGAGGGGAGAGAUGUUGGUAAUGGUGUCUGGAAGCAACAACCUUCGAGAUCGGUUGCGAAGUCUAGUCCGUCCCUUGGCAGAUAAGAAAGUCUGCUUGGAGGAACUAGAAUAUCAGCCCGGUGAUUAG